AUAGGUUUACGCACAACCAUGAGGUUUAUAACACUAUUCGCCAUCUCCUUGCCUGCAGCUCAAACCCUUAAACCUCAACUUCUCUGCUUCGUACUUGGCGCGAACUAAUAAAGCAGAUUGAACCCACUUCGACUCCUCCUUCUCUUCUCAGGAGAUGUCGAACCGGCCAGAGUUAAAAGCACCACCUGAGAUAUUCUAUGAUGCUGAAGAGGCUCGCAAAUACACUUCAUCCUCUCGUAUAAUUGAAAUUCAGGCACAACUUUCAGAGAGAGCUCUAGAGCUUCUUGCUUUGCCUGAUGAUAGAGUCCCAAGAUUGCUCCUCGAUAUUGGUUGUGGAUCAGGUCUUAGUGGAGAGACAUUAUCUGAGAAUGGGCACCAAUGGAUCGGUCUAGACAUUUCACCAUCCAUGCUUGAUAUUGCAUUGGAGCGGGAGGCUGAGGGUGAUUUGUUACUUGGAGACAUGGGUCAGGGUUUAGGUUUUCGCCCUGGAGUUAUUGAUGGGGCUAUCAGUAUCUCUGCUGUUCAGUGGUUAUGCAAUGCUGACAAGUCUUCUCAUGAGCCACGAUUACGAUUGAAGGCUUUCUUUGGAUCAUUAUAUAGAAUCUUGGCAAGGGGAGCAAGAGCAGUAUUUCAAGUAUAUCCUGAAACUGUAGCACAGCGUGAAUUGAUAUUAGGUUCAGCAAUGCGAGCUGGGUUUGCUGGUGGUGUUGUUGUUGACUACCCACAUAGUUCCAAGAAAAGAAAAGAAUUUCUAGUCCUCACUUGUGGUCCACCAUCCAUACGUUCUGAGGUUCCUAAGGGAAAAGUUGAAGCCAUGGAAAGUUGCUCUGACGAUGAGAGUAGUGAAGAUGAAGAAAAUCAGACGGUUUGCAAUUCAGACCGACAUAGGCCCAGGAAAAAGCAGAAAAUAAACAAGAAGAAAGGGAAAGGUAGAGAAUGGGUACUUAAGAAAAAGGAACAAAUGAGAAGAAAAGGAAAUGCAGUGCCCCCAGACACAAAGUACACAGCUCGAAAACGGAAGGCCCGCUUUUGAAACUCUUCAACAGAUCUAAGCAGGAAAACCUGCUCUACUUUGCCUGAACAUUCCAAUCUAUAUAUCAGUAAGUAUUGAGGCAUUAUGCAGCUCCGCUCUUCAAGCCCUGAUGAAGUUCAGUCGUAUCCGCUGGGAAACCGGCAUAAAAAUGUUAAUUCUUGUCAGGUGAGUGUAUGAGGCACAGUUUUGUUUAAAUAUUUACUUUCGAGGAUCUUAGGUAACUUUGAUGCAAAAGGUUUGCAAGCAUUGUUUAAAUUAUGGUAUUACGUUGAUAGUUUAGAACUUGAAUCAUACAUAGAAUCGAGUUUGAGAGUGACAUUUUCCUUGCAGAGAACCGCAACGAAAGUUUGUAAGGAUGUUGACUAUUUCAAGCUUAUGUUGCAUAAUAGAAUUAAAUUCUCUUAUA